AUGUCCUCAUGGACGGUGACUGGAUUAGCGAGUCGAUUUCAGAAAGGACUCGAGGCGACGCGAACGAAAAUCGACAAUUUAUUGGACAUACAUGAGGAAGAAGGCGCUGGAGCGGCUGGCACAAGCAACGAACUUAUCGUCGACGCUGAUGGAAACAUAAUACAGGCACCUCAAAUCGAGAAGAAAGUGGAGACAUUGCAGCCUCAAGCAGUCCCACCGCCAGAAUCGUCAAAACAACUGACCGAUUGGGAGGUUUCAACUGAAUUACAACCAGUCGUCGACUCGGAGCCCAAUCCGAUACGAGACUCGGAGCCGAAUCCGUCAUUUCCCCGUUCAGUCGAUGAGCCGAAGAAACGAGGCAAAGCUCGUCGUAAAAAGAAGAAGGCAAGCGAGGAGCAUUCACCGGCCGAAAUGGAAACAUUGGAUGUACAACCGUUGAUGGUCGAAGUACCACUUGAUGAGCCACAUGAAUUUGACGAAGAGCCAACUCCUAAACAAGAAGAACCGUCUCCAACUCGAACUGCCGAAGAAUUGCUUUCUGAUCAGUCAUCAAUUCAUGCGGAAGAACAUGCGUCUACAACAUCUCCAGAAAUCAUUUCAGAGGAUCUCGGAAAACCUGGUCACGAAGCAAGUGAUUCGGCUGGAUCGGGUCCAUCUCCACCAAAUUGGGAGUACUCACCCGAACACACAGCUCGACGAAAUUCCGAUGAGAAUCUAACUACAGUGAGCAGUGACAUCGAAGUUGUGCCAAAUUCGGACGUUUGCAUAAAGCUGGAAGUUGAAACCAAGGAAACGUCAAAAAGAUGGUCCAUAAGCACUUGUGAGCCCGGAGCUUUGCCCGAAUCGAUUCCCCGUCUUCUUCGUGAUCAAAUAGAUGAGAAACGCUUCGAAGACUUAAAGAAACUGAUAAAUACCCUAAACGAAGAGAAGCAACGUCUGAAACAGCAGAACAUGUCAAUGAGUGAAGAGCGCAUCAAGCUUGCGAAACAGUUGUCGGUGUGCGAACAAGAGAAGAAGGAUAUCAUCCAAGAAGGGAACAAAUUCUCAGAGGAAAUUCUUAAGCUACGCAAUGAGCUGAGAAAGUUAAAGGAAAAGUGUAACACAGCUGAGUCAAAAACGACCCAAUUGUCUGGUGACAGUCGAAAAUAUCGCGAGAAGCUUGACGCUGCUUUGGAACAACUUGAUGAAACAGAAAAGACUGUUGAAACGCAAAAAGAGGAACUGUCUCACUACAAAAAACAUGUUACCGAAUUGGAAGAGAAACUCAAUAAGCAGGCUGAUGAAACGAGUCGAGUACGAACACAACAAGCGGCCACCCUUUCUGAAGCUCACAAUGUUGCUGCGAAUGAACUUGCGAGAAAUCGGGAACAAAUACAGAAUCUUUCUCUAGAGUAUGAACGUUGUCGAAACAUGUACGAGGCAAUGGUUGUCGAGAGAGAUGAAUUUCGAUCUCGAUAUGAAGUCACUAAAGUGGAAGCUCAAAAGGCUUCUUCAAUGAAAGAAUCUUCAUCGGUCUUUGAUGAAGCGGCAUUAUUGGCUUUGAGAGAACGCUGCUCACAACUUGAAGGAGAAAAUCACGAUCUAACGCAAAAGCUCUACAACCACGAGAAUACAAAGGACGACCUUUUGGAAAGACUCAAGUCGGAUCUAUCGUCUAAAGAACGCAAAGUGGCUGAGCUGACUGCAACUUUGAACAUUGAACGAGAGCGAUCGGAGAGUCGAUUUCAACAAGCUCGCGAUUGCAACACGUGUAAACAACAUGCCGUUGAUGAUGCUUCACAAAGGCGUUACAUUGAGGAAUUGAACUCUCAUCUCAAAAACAUGCGAGAAAUGCUGGAACAAGAACAAACUGAAAAGGCUUCUCUUGCAGAUCGAGUGGUUCAAUUAACUGUUCAGGUCCGAGAAUUCCAAGCGGCAAACCAUUUGAGUGACACCGAGAAAACCGAGAUUCGUGAGCUGAAAAGAAGUGUCGACGAGGAGACAAGAAAGCGACGCGACAUUGAGCGGAAGUAUGAUGAGCUUCUUCGGUUAAAUGGUGAGCUACUCGAGAGAGAAUCGGAACUUCGUGAAGAUAUCAAGGACCUGAAGGUUGCGAUUCGAACGUUGGCUGAGGAUCAGGUAUCCGGCACAUCAAACUCUGGAAAGGGUUCAAUUUAUCAACAAGCU